UUUGUGCAAUCAUGUCGCGUAACAGAGACCCUGAUUUUUUCGCUUGGAGUGAUAGUGAUUUAGACCUUGAUGAGCUUUUUGAAGGGGACUAUACUGACAAUGACUCUGUUUGUACUGAUAAACAUAGUGUUAGUGUUGAUAAGAAAGAUAUAUAUGUGUGUCCAAUUUGUUCACGAGAAUACAAGACUAUAUCUGGGUUCCGAGGUCACGUAACGAAAAAGCAUGACGAGAACUUUAAAGCUUGUGAGCACAAAAAAGGGGCUGCAAAAAACAAGAAAGAGGCUGCUUACAUGUAUCCGAAGAAAACAACAAAUGCACCAACCAGCAUAAACGAAGACGUGAAGAAAGUCUUCCAACAAGCUUACACCAAUAGUCUGAGAACAAUUAUCAGCAGUCCAAUCUACAACAUUUUUGGACAGUCUGACCAGUGUAAGGUAGCCAAGUGUUGUGUAGACAAUGAAAUUGUAAGGAAAAAGUUUGAGGACCUAAUGUUGGAGGUGUUCAAUGGAAGUAGCGGUGCAUCAACUUCAGAAAGAGAAACCAUCUUCAGAAAACUACAUGAAAAAAGGUUGAGCUCUGCAGUGAUUGAAGACCUCACAAGAACUAUAAACAAUGAAACAACUAAACAUUCUGAGGAGGCGGUGAACAAUUUCAUUCAAGAUUUUGUUCUUGAACUUGUUGGGGAAAUAUUUAAGAGUUUUGUGGAAUUGUGCGCGCAAUCAUCCAAAAACACUAGUGAAGUAAUCAGUGAAAAUGACUCGAAAGUGCUUUUCUAUAUAUCUGGAUAUUUAAUCAGUGCUCUUCUGAAGAGGUAUAGCAAGGUAAAAAAUCCAACUGAAAGAGAACAUAAGAAAGAUGUUAUAAAGAGUUUAGUGAACAAAUCCUCAGAGAAAACAUUCACGGAAAAGUACAGCACAAUGAUAGACUACAAGAACUGUGGUGGCUUGAAAAAACCAAGUGACAAUUUCUUUUUCAUGAUACGCGAGUUUGAAAAUGUAGUGCGAAAAUCAGUGGACCAUGAAAGCAUUCAUUCGAAGUCUUUCUUAAAAGAUGAAUUACGUGAAGAAAUUCUUGACUCAUUUAUGGUAAAGCACUAUAGCUGUGAUCUGUUUGAACUUGUGGAAGAUGAUAAUGAAAGAGAGAGCUUUCUUGAAGAUUGCAUAAACCUAUUUCUUACUGUAAGAGGUUUUGCAAUUACAAAACUAAUAAAUAAGAAAACUGAGAAAAGUGCAAAAAAUGAAAAGAAAACAUCCGCCAGCCUGAGAGAUGCUUUAAAGUCACUGAAUACCGGUAAUUUGAAAUAAACUGGGAUUAUAGGUCUGUACCAGAAGUUUAACGUCAGGACUAUCAGUAUGGGAAUAUUGAAACUAAUA